ACAUUAAUAUUAAAAAAAAAAAAGACAAAGCUAAUUUCUAAUCCCAAAUAUAAUCUUUCCACUUUCUCUUCUGACUCCUACAGCCGUUCUCUUCACUAAACUCAAACCUAGACCAAAAUUUUCUUCUCUUCAUCACUAUCAAUCUCUGUCGCCGUUCCACCGACCACCGACCACCGACUAGUCUAUCUCUUCAGUCGACGGUAGACUCCACUCGCUGCCCUCGCCGACCAGUCCAGAACUUCAGUCGAGGUCUACUCCACUCCCUGCCCUCGCCGACCUGAGACAAAGGGUUAUCAUUUGAAAGCAGGGCUUGUUAUUGAAGGUAGUUCAUUGCAAAUGGCUAGAUGGGAUGAGAUUCUAUCACUCCCUGUACAGAAUCCUCCGACCUUGGAGUUUUCUGCUAAUGAUAUCGUGUGGUCAAAGGUGGAGGGAUGGCGUGAUAAUAUAGAUAGAGUGGCUCUAAUCCCCUUUGCCAGAGUGGAUGAUUUUGUAAGGGGUGAAUCCUCAAACAGUGAUUGCCCAACAAGAUUUCAUGUUGAGGCAAGGCGAAGACGACGCCCAACAACACCUUAUAAACCAAAGGUUGAUGGAGUUCUUGAAUAUAUUUUAUAUUGGUGUUCAUUUGGUCCUGACGACCAUCGAAAGGGUGGCAUUGUAAGACCUAGUCGGAACACAUAUGUCCCCAAGAAAAAAAAUGCUGGUCGGCCAAAUACCAAAAGAGGAUGCACCUGCCACUUUAUUGUGAAACGGUUAAUUGCUGAACCUUCAGUAGCACUCAUCAUAUAUAAUGAGGAUAAGCAUGUUGAUAAGAAAGGAAUACCAUGUCAUGGUCCGCAGGAUAAGAAGGCUGCUGGAACACGGGCUGUUUUUGCUCCUUACAUCUCAGAAGAUCUUCGACUUCGUGUGUUAUCUCUGCUACAUGUGGGGGUCUCUGUGGAAACCAUAAUGCAGAGACACAAUGAAUCAGUGGAAAAGCAGGGUGGUCCAUGUAAUCGCGAUGACCUUUUAACUCAUCGGUAUGUUCGUAGACAGGAGAGAAGCAUCCGACGGUCUACGUAUGAAUUGGACAUUGAUGAUUCUGUCAGCAUUAGCAUGUGGGUGGAAGGUCACCAGGGUAAUGUUUUCUUUUUUCAAGAUUUCUCUGAUUCUGACCCUUUCACUCUGGGCAUCCAAACAGAGUGGCAGUUGCAACAAAUGAUUCGCUUUGGCAAUCGCAGCCUUUUAGUAUCUGAUUCAAAGUUUGGAACAAACAAAUUGAAGUAUCCAGUUCACAGUCUUCUUGUAUUCAACCCUGACAACAAGGCCAUCCCAGUCGCAUGGAUAAUAUCACCAAGAUUUGCAAGUUCCGACACAGAUAAGUGGUUGCGAGCCCUACAUAAUAGAGUUCAAACGAAAGAUCCUACAUGGAAGUUGGCUGGGUUUAUUAUUGAUGAUCCUCUGGCUGAUGUCCAUGCUAUAAGGGAUGUUUUUCAAUGCACUGUGCUGAUAAGCUUUUGGCGAGUUCGUCAUGCAUGGCAUAAAAACUUAAUGCAGAAAUGUACGGAAAAUGAUAUUCGGGUUGAGAUAUGGAGACGACUUGGGCAGAUAGUGGAUGUUAUCUGCCAAGGACAAGGAACCAUGGGCUUGUUCGAGGAUUUGAUGGAAGAUUUUGUUGAUGAGGCAGAUUUUAUGGAUUAUUUAAGGGCAACUUGGUAUCCUAGAUUAGGGAAGUGGAUCAUUGCACUACAAACUCUUCCUGUCUCUAGCCAAGAGACCACUGCAGCGAUAGAGUUUUACCACAACCAAUUGAAGGUUAGGUUGUUGAAUGAGAAGAAUUCUGCUGUUUAUCAAAGAACGGAUUGGUUGGUCGAUAAAUUGAAUACGAAAGUGCAUUCCUAUUUUUGGCUUGAUGAGUACUCUGGGAAGGAUGCGUUUGCCCGAUACAGGAAAGAGGAGUGGGUGAGUGGGUUAACAUAUUGGCGUAAAGCUUUGAAGAUUUCAGAUUCUGAUGUUGUUCUGGAAGGUCGAAGUGCUAAAGUUACUGAUCAGCUUGAUCGGGAUAGGGUUCAUGUUGUAUGGAAUCCUGGCUCACAGUUUGGUAUCUGUGAUUGCCGUUGGGCUGAAAUAGGCAACAUGUGUGAGCAUAUGCUAAAAGUGAUUGAUAUCUGCCGCCGAAAAAAGUCUGCUGUGCCAUCCAUCAGCAUGCUGCAGUAUCAUAAAGUUCUAAAGAAUAUGCUACACUGCCCACCCAAUGAUUCUCUUAUUCGGGAUCAUGCUGUUUCAUUAGCAGUCUUUGUACAGAAGCAGAUUGAUGCACUUGUUACUGAAAGCAGCAAUAUUAGUGAGGUUCAGCCAAUUUCUUUGGAUGAAGGUCAAGAGUUUGUAAAUGAGAGAAGUGAUGACAUAUUGGCUUACAAGGAGAAUCGUUCUUUGGACAGACAUGAGGCCAUUGACAGGAUUACAAGAGAUGCAGGUGCUGACUUGAAUGAUCUCAGUGAAAAUGGUACGUGCGGUGAGAGUUUUGGAGAAGAUACUAUGUAUGGUGAAAAUAUUGGUGAAGAAAGUACAUGUGCUGAGAUGGAUAUUGACCCAUCUUACAUUUGUAUUUCUCCACCCGGUUUACACUCUGUCGAUGACGUUGUUUCUAAUGGUAUCGAUUUUGAGAACACGGUGAAACUAUUGUCUAACCCAGAAACUGAACAGCUUUCUUCUGAAGAUGCUGCUGUUACUAUCGGUUCUACAGAUCAUGUAUUCGAGAGAGGCAGUCAAGAAAGUGCGAUGGAUAUGGAGUCAAUUGCCAUGGAUAUGCCUUCAUCAACCAUGGAGUUUGUAGAGCAAUGCACGGUAGAGCAUCAGAAUGACGUCAAGCCCAAUGUUACUUCUAACUCUAAGGAUGCUGAUUCCCUAUCUUUAAGAGCUUGUUCAUCAAUUAUAACUAUGCCUGUUGCAUCACAAGGGGAUGGAAUUGGUCCAACUUUUGAUGUACAUAAAGUGGAUAAGAUAUUGAAAGCAUGAGUGAGUUAAAGUACUGAUCAUCUGACAGACUUCUUUGAAGCUAGAUGAAAGUAAAGAAAACAUCGCUUCUUAUGUUUAUCAUGAUUGACUGCAUUUAGUAGUUUGAUGGUUAUACACAUCGAGUAUUGUUAAAACGGAUGUCAAUAUAUCUCAGCUACCAUGAGGACGAAUGAUCUUUAAUGGUUGUGUAGAUAAUGGAACUAGUUUCUGCUAGUGCAGUGCUGAAUGGAUCAAUGCUGAAGCAAAUUCUAUACUGAAGAGACUCUGGUAAAGAGGUGAUGCCAAUGGAAGUAAUGUUUUUGGUGCUGUUGAGAAAAAUGAAUAAAAUGGUGGGGGUGCUUAAGUUUAUCCAAGAAUUUUCAUUGAUGUAUUAGGCACUGCUCCUAAGAAAAUGAAACAAUAAGAUAAUUCACGACUCUUAGAAAUUUCGAGGUUGAAGAAAAUAUCAGAUGAUACUAGAGUUACUCAUUGUAUAACAAACAUCUGUAAGUAGACACUUUCUUCCUGUGCACAUACUCUUUAGUAGGUUCAAACUCUCAUAUUUUAAGUUUACUCGUAGGAUUUAUAGUUAUAAACAGCCUAAAGCAAUUUUGUCUAAUUUCAAGAAAAAGUAUUGAGAUUAGAAGAGGAAAUCUCUGUUUGUUA